AUGUCUAUAGAACUUAACGACUUGGACAAGAAAACUAAUGAUUUUCAAGAGGGACCCGUUACAUUUGAGGCCUAUAGUGAAGCUGAGGUAGAUUUUUCCGAUGAGGGAUUGAUAGAUAUUGAUAGAAGCCACGCCGGCUCAUCAUUUCUUGCAUAUUUCAAUGUCGUCUGCGUCGUUGCAGGUACUGGUACUCUCGGUCUUCCUUAUGCCCUCCGCUUAGGUGGCUGGAUUGGUAUUUUGAUUCUAGUCUUGGCCUGGACCAUGUCUGUCUACACUGGUAUGCUCCUUAUCAGAUGUCUCUACGCUAAUGGUAAACGUCGUCUGUCUACAUACAAGGAAAUUGCCACUACAUGUUUCGGUGCAGUGGGUGGCUGGGUCACUUUUUUCUUCAACGCCUGGAUUUUACUUGGUGCUCCCAUUUUGUAUAUUGUUCUGUCUGGAUCCAACUUGAAUGAACUGUGUAAGGGCACUGCUGGUGAAAUUGGAACCCUUCCAUGGAGCAUUAUCUCUUGUGUCAUUGUCGCUGUUCCCUUUGUCCUUGUCAAAUCUAUGAAGGAAGUUGCUUGGAUGAGUGCCUUAGGUGCUGUUGCUACACUUAUUGUCGUUAUCAUUUGUCUCGUCGUUGCCUGCAUCGAUAAAAAUACUAUCGGUGAAGUUCAUCAUGAUUCCGUCAUUUGGCCUCAAUUCCCUAUUGCUUUGAGUACCAUUUCCUUUUCAUUUGGUGGCAAUGUUGUCUAUCCUCAUGUUGAAGCAUCCAUGAAGAAGCCCAGAGAUUGGCCCAAGGUUGUCGCUGCCGGCUUGAGUACAUGUGCCGGUUUAUACUUUCUCUCUGCUAUUCCUGGCUAUUUGGUAUAUGGUGAUACUGUCAAAUCCCCUGUUUAUGAAUCCAUUAAUGAUGGCGUACCCAAGAUAAUCGCUAUUGUUGUCAUGACUUUUCAUGUACUAACAGCCACGCCUAUCCUCCUCACUUCUUUUGCACUGGAUGUUGAGGAGAUGUUGAACGUCACUGUCGAACGUUUCGGUAGAGUCAAGGAAUUUUUGAUCCGUGCCUCCUUGAGAAUCCUGACAGUCGUAUUUGUCGGUGUCAUUGGUGCUGUUAUUCCUCAUUUUGAUGAUUUGAUGUCUUUGAUCGGUUCAUUUGCCAAUUGUGGUUUGAUCUUUAUUUUCCCUAUUAUCUUUUAUUUCCGUUUAACUGGUUUCCGCAACAAGCCCAUCUAUGAAAUCGCUUGGUGUUGUCUCACUAUUCUAAUGGGUCUCGUCGGUCUUAUCUUUGGUACCAUUUCGUCCAUUGAAAACCUUAUUGCCGAUUUCAAGAAUUAG